CUGAGAGGUUUCCUGGCAAAAAUACUCUGGCAGGGUACAUCGUACCCCAUACUAUUAUAUCAGUAUGGGGUAUUUCAGUGCCGAUCAUUCAAUAAAGCUUGCAAUAACUGCCGAUGAUCAUUUGACUGUCCUGUGCGUGAUCUUCAGGGAUACCCGGGACGAUCGGCGGCUUGCAGCAGACAAGACAGAUCAUGACUUUGGAGGACUUCAGAGCAACUCUGAGUAUACGGGUGCUCGCUUGGGUCUUACUAUCUAUGAUGCACUCAUACGGAGUGGCUAAACUAGCAUCUCUGGAUGUUCUAAUUGAUCUUGACUUGUCCGGCUAUAUUCAAACGUUCGAGAGAGAGAGAGAUCGUUCCUGGCCAGGUACACAUGCAAGCCCGAGAACCCUUGCUUUGGGACAUCGAUAUACGUGUCACUGUAGAUCUGCUGCACUGUGAUAGCUCUCCUGAUCAUCAUCUACUCUUCUGUUUUCGCGACAUGCAA